CUUUGAAGUUUUUUAAGACUCGGCUUUAAAACGGAUUUUGUGAUCCUUUGUCGUCCUCUGUAGAAUAUUCCAGGAUGAGGAACUCCGGUGCCUUUGUACUGUUAUUUAUUUUAACCCUUGUACAUGGAACUUCUUCAUUUCUGUUCCAAAAGACAGCGGCAUGCCAGCCUGUAGGAAAACCAUUCUACUUUGGAACGACAAACAUUUGGUGCAUGUCCUUAUUUCCCAGGCGUGUGUCCCGAUCCCCAAGGCGUAACCCAUUUGGUAUUUCCCAUCGCUGGAUUUGGUACGAUGGUCAUUUUCUAGAAUUUGGAACCCGACCACAUUCUAGUGUAAAUAUCAGAACAACACACCCAAUGGUAGGAGAUUUCUGUCCAACAAAAAGGGAGAGAAAACCAGCUGGCUACAGUGUAUUACCGGUCGAAUGUAUAGUCGGAUGCGCACUCAACUAUGAGAGAAUGUACGGAAAAUUUAGCAAAACGAAGAACAAUUGUCAUAUGUUUACAAACAGAAUGGCUGAAAUUCUCUGUCACUACACGGUCUGUCCUCAUUGGUGUUUAGGAUAAAAUUGCUACUGAAUAAAAAGUUGAAUAAAACUGGAAACUGA